GCCAGAGCUGUGAUAUAAAAGCAACAGUCACGCCUUAUCCAGCACGUAACAGGUUAAUAUUUGCGCGAUUCCACUGGUCAAAGUUAAGACAGCUUCUUUGGAGGUGCCAUAUUGUGUAAGUCUUUCCUGCCUGCAGCAGAGCCGAACAGUGUGUGACCCUGCAGAGACGAUCAUCAUGACGUCCCGUGCGAAACAAACUUUGUUCUUUCUAACGUCUGUGUUAUUUCUCUAUGUUGCUGCAGAUCCACAGGCACCUGAAGUCCACACCAAGCUGGGGAGUCUGAGAGGUCAGACUCUGAGUGUCAAGGGGAAGGAGAAUGGGGUCCAUGCCUACGUAGGUGUCCCAUUUGCCAAGCCACCUGUGGCCCCUGCUCUGAGACUGGCUGCCCCCCAGCCUGUGGAGGGAUGGGAAGGAGUGAGAGACGCCACAAAGCAGCCACCCAUGUGUGUUCAAGAUAGACAAAUUAUCAUAGAUUUGUUAGAAAAACUUGGUGGCAUGUUGGUAGAUGUGCCAGACAUUUCAGAGGACUGCCUUUACCUCAACAUUUACACCCCUGCCGACAGAAAUCCCGAUGCCAAGCUUCCAGUCAUGGUCUGGAUUCAUGGUGGAGGGUUUGUUUUAGGGUCAGCUUCUGUGUAUGAUGGCUCCGCUCUGGCUGCUUACCAGGAUAUGGUUAUAGUUCUGAUCCAGUACCGUUUGGGACUUCUGGGCUUUCUCAGCACUGGAGAUGAACACAUUUCUGGGAACUUUGGCAUGUUGGACCAGGUAGAAGCUCUGAGGUGGAUCCAGCAGCACAUUCACAACUUUGGAGGAAACCCAGAUUUAGUUACAAUAUUUGGGGAGUCUGCUGGAGGAGUUAGCGCAUCUUUAAUGCUUCUCUCGCCGUUGUCUGAUGGCCUAUUCCACCGUGCCAUUGCUGAGAGUGGCACCGCGGGAAUGGAUGCUAUUUUUGUGAAUGAUCCUCUGCCAGUAGCACAGAUGGUGGCAAAUUCAUCUGGCUGUAGCCUGGAAAGCACAGAGAAGAUCGCUGAUUGCAUGAAGAGCCUUGACAUAAACACUAUUGAGGCUUUGGCAAAGGAUAAAAACUUGAGAAUCUCUAUAAAUAUUGAUGGACAUUUCCUGAAAAAAACAGUGGACGAGCUGUUCCGUACACAUGAAGUUCUUACUGUACCAUUCAUGACAGGCAUUAAUAAUGAUGAAGGGGGCUGGAUGCUUGCUAAUUUUUUUGUUCCUCCAAACUGGACAGAGGGGAUUGAUCGGGAGCAUUUCAUGAACUUUCUGCACUUCUUCUUCCCUAAUCCCGAAGAUGCAAUCCUUAGAGAUUUAAUAUUAGAUGAAUAUAUUGGAACGGGUGAAGAUCGUGUGAAAAAUAGAGAUGGGAUCACUGAGCUGUUAGGGGAUAUCAUUUUCAACAUUCCUGCCAUUAAGACCGCUACUGCCCACAGAGAUGCAGGUGCUGAUGUAUACCUUUAUGAGUACCAGUAUCCUCUAAAAAUCCUGAAAGCAAAAAGGCCAAGCUUUGUUGGGAGUGACCAUGGAGAUGAGAUCUUUACAGUUCUCGGAUUAUGCUUUACAACUAAACAUGUCAAAUUAUCCGAGCCUUGCACUGAAGAGGAGGAGCAGUUCAGCAGAACCAUGAUGAGCUACUGGAGCAACUUCGCUCACACGGGGUCUCCUAAUGGGGAUGGGCUUGCCCCCUGGCCAAAGUACGGCGUAGAAGAAGGAUACUUGUCACUUGAUAUAAAGGAGCAGGUAGCCGGCCAGCACCUUAGGAAGAACCGGUUUGUCUUCAUGACUCAGACUCUCCCAGAGAAGGUUCGACAACACAAAGAGAAGAUGGAGCGCAACGAGCUGUAGAACAGUCUCUGCCACCUUUCUCUCCAUCAUUUUUAGUUUUAAUGAUUCCAUUGUUAACCACAAAGCGCCCUUACGGCUCGUAUACAAUUUGGGAAUGAGAUCCUUAAAAAUGUUUUUAGGAUUCCACAGUUGAACUAAAAUGUUUUAAUGGUGGGUAAACACCUUUUAUUUUAGAUAGUUUCAGGUGAUAGCCUAAGAUGAAAUCUUGAGCGGGGGGGUGCACCUGAAUUUGAGGGAUACUUCUACUCUGUGAAAUGCACUUCAUAAUCUUGAUUACCACAUAAAACAAAAAUCUUCUGAA